AAAAAAAAACAACGACAAAAUCUCAUAAAUAAAUAUAAGAUGUAUAAUGGAUGUUUAAGAGACUUGUUGAAUCGUCGGUGUGAUUCAGUCUGAGCGAUGCACUGGAAAUUUAUUCUUGAAUCACGUGUGUGAUUUUAGGUUAUGUGUAUUUACACGCGUGACAAGCUGACGACGUGUUUAUAAUAAAUACUAUUUGAAAGUAGUAUACAAUGCAGAUCGAUAGUGAAAAAUCAGCGGACAAUGUGAAAAGAGUCCUUUCGCGAUUUAAAUCGGAUACCGGUGAUGUUUUGCCCGGUGGCCUUCUCGAUUUACCGGUGAAUAUCACAGUAGAGAAAUUACAAUUAAUCGUCAAUGCGUUAUUGGGUGAAGAUGAUCCAGUCCCAUUUGCAUUCUUUAUCGACGAUGCGCAAAUUACAUCAAGCUUAGAAAAUAAUAUCAAAGAUUUUAACAUCGAUGAAAAUGUCGUGGAAAUUGUUUAUCAACCACAAGCAAUUUUUCAUGUCAGAGCUGUUACUCGUUGUACAGGAACAUUGGAGGGUCAUAGAGAAGCAGUGGUGUCGGUUGCAUUUUCACCCAAUGGGGAGGUGUUGGCUAGUGGUUCUGGCGAUACUACCGUGAGAUUAUGGGAUAUACAUACGCAAACUCCGAAGCUGGUUUGUGAAGGGCACAGACACUGGGUUUUAUGUUUGGCUUGGUCACCGUGUGGCACUAAAGUAGCCUCUGCUUGUAAAAAUGGAAGGAUUAUACUUUGGGACAGCGAUACCGGUAAACAAUUAUCCAAAGAUAUGGUUGGACAUAAAAUGUGGAUAACAUCCUUAUCGUGGGAACCUUAUCACAGGAAUUCAGAGUGCCGAAAACUUGUUAGCGCUUGCAAAGAUACCGAUUUAAGGAUAUGGGACACAAAACUCAGUAAAACAUUAUUAGUAUUGGCGGGUCAUACUCAAUGUGUUACUAGUGUAAAAUGGGGCGGGAGAGGACUGAUUUAUUCAGGAUCUCAAGAUAGGACAAUUAAAGUCUGGAGAGCAGAAGAUGGAAUACUUUGCAGAACAUUAGAAGGUCACGCGCACUGGAUAAAUACUUUAGCAUUGAAUGUCGAUUAUGUACUUCGAGUAGGACCGUUUCGGAUUAUACGCGAUGAAAAUAAUUCCACUGAUCCUCAGGAAUAUGCUUUAAAGGAAUACGAAGCUCUUGGCGAGGAAAAACUUGUAUCUGGUUCUGAUGAUUUCACAUUAUUUUUGUGGAAACCGGAGAAGGAAAAGAAGUCAGUUGCCCGCAUGACUGGACAUCAGCAAUUAAUAAACGAUGUUAAAUUUUCUCCAAAUGGUCGAAUAAUUGCAUCCGCUUCUUUCGAUAAGUCCAUAAAGCUUUGGGAUGCUGUUACUGGCAAAUACAUUUCCUCGUUAAGAGGACACGUCCAGGCUGUUUAUUCGAUUGCUUGGAGCGCAGACUCUCGACUUCUAGUAAGCGGAAGUGCUGAUUCGACUUUAAAAGUUUGGAGCAUGAAGACAAAACAAUUAAGUCAAGAUUUGCCAGGUCAUGGGGAUGAAAUUUAUGCAGUCGAUUGGGCACCCGAUGGUAUUAGAGUUGCAUCGGGAGGGAAGGAUAAAAUUUUACGAUUAUGGCAAAAUUAGAAAAUAAAAUGCUAAAAGUUUUCCAUUGAUUUUUUU